GGGGUUAAGUGACGUCGUGGUGACGUCAGUUGUAAACAAGGAAGUGGAUUGUGAACAACGUGCUGCUAGCUGCUAACACAUACUCGCCAGCUAUAUAGCUUUUAAUUUAGAGCUCUUAUGAAGAAUAUUAGCGAUACUUUGAGAGAAGCGUUAAACAACAAUACUGUGUUAACGUCAACCAACACUACCUACUAAAUGGUGACGAGCUAGGGACACGUACGGGCGGUUAGCGAGGCUAAAACAUGUCUACAAGUUAUCCUACACCUCUUUACUCUCAUGCUGGACGAGGAGACUUCAGAGAUGUUUACGAGCCAGCGGAGGACUCUUUCCUCUUGAUUGACGCGCUGGAGAAAGACGCAGACAGGCUGCAGCUGAUGAGCCCGUGUGUGUGUUUGGAGGUGGGCAGUGGCUCAGGUGUGGUGUCGGCUUUUCUGGCAUCGGUGGUUGGACCUUCAGCUCUUUAUCUUUGCACUGAUGUGAAUCCUGCAGCAGCACAGUGCACAGCAAAGACAGCUUCCUGUAACAAUGUCUCACUGCAGCCUGUCCUCACAUCACUGGUGGAAAGUCUUCUGCCCCGUUUAAGUGGGAAAGUGGACGUCCUUCUCUUCAACCCUCCAUAUGUGGUCACACCUUCAGAAGAGGUCGGCAGCACGGGUAUAGAAGCUGCCUGGGCCGGCGGGGAGCGAGGACGAGAGGUCACUGACAGAUUCCUGCCUGUGGUGGCACAAUUGCUCUCCAGUAAAGGCUUAUUCUACCUCAUAACCAUUGCUGAGAACGAUCCAGAGGAAAUCAUCCGUUUGCUGGCCAAAUGUGGUUUGACGGGAGAGUCGUGUUUGUCGACGAGAGCUGGAAACGAGAGGCUGUCGGUCCUUCGCUUCCAUAGGAGCUGAUGGACGUGGAACUGCAACAUAAAUCCUCUGAAAGGGUUACAGGAAUUAUGAACUGACUGGAAGACAGGACACAGUAUGGACAAGUGUUUGCUGCAGAGGACACCUGUGAGGGAUUCAUCAGACAAUUGGUGUGAAAGCUCUAGACAACAAAAACGGCACAAUAAAAUAUCUUUUUUUUGCAAUAAAUUGGUUGCUUUAAGGAGUAAUGUGCUUCUGAUGUACUGGCAAAUUUAUAAAACAUGACAAUAAAAGAUA